UCCAAACGUCUUUCGAUUCGGGAUCUUGAGCAUUCAUGGUCUCAAGAAACGCCAACUUCGAUCCCCUCGGAACGAUAUGUGCAUUCUUGUUGUCGGUUCGCCCCAAAAAGAAAGCUUUCUUGAUGGAUUUUUUCCCCUUUUCAGUGACCAAAGCGACAAUCUUGCGGUUCUUAUUGUGAUGCGUACGUGGAAGUAAAGGGUUUGAAGACCGUAGGAAAACGUGGAAUGCUGUUCUUGGGAGGGAAAGAUUUUCGAUGAGAUGACUGGCUUAAUCAUUUAUUUGAUCAAGUAAAGUGUCUGUGAAGGAGGCUAAUGGUUUGUCUUUCGCAAAUUUGAAUAUUUUGGUCAUAAUAUAAUUCUGGAACUGCAUCUGAGUUGAAGUCACAAACACUGCCUGGAUAAAGAAUAAACUGGGUGCUAGUAUACUUCGAAGUGAGGAAAAAAAGGAUCCCUACAUAGUUUUGACUGUGAAGGCUUCUUCUCCAACAAUGGCAACAAAUGAGAAUCUUCCACCAAAUGUUAUCAAACAACUAGCAAAGGAACUGAAGAACCUAGAUGAAACACCUCCAGAAGGAAUAAAAGUGGUCCUAAAUGAUGAUGACUUUUCUACUAUUUUUGCUGAUAUUGAGGGUCCUGCUGGAACACCGUAUGAGAAUGGUGUAUUCCGCAUGAAGCUGUUAUUAUCUCAUGACUUUCCUCAGUUGCCACCGAAGGGUUACUUCCUGACCAAAAUAUUUCAUCCAAAUAUUGCAACGAAUGGAGAAAUCUGUGUCAACACACUGAAGAAGGAUUGGAAUCCGAGUCUUGGACUAAGACAUGUUCUACUUGUUAUCAGGUGCCUGCUGAUAGAGCCAUUCCCUGAGUCUGCCCUGAAUGAACAGGCAGGCAAGAUGCUUCUUGAAAAUUAUGACGAGUAUGCAAGGCAUGCAAGGUUGUACACGGUAAUUCAUGCACUUAAACCUAAACCCAAGUGCCAGGCAGGCAUCUCCGAAUCCACGACGGCUCUGAAUGUGGAUCAGUCGAACAUGGUUUCCGGUGGUAAAAUGCCUCUGCUUUCCGCGCCAUCAACUCCACCUUCCAAGAUUCCAGGACCGAAGGGUCAAGAUCAGAAUGUCCUUCCCCCUCCUGCGGAAGGAGCUGCUGGAGCGCACGCAAUUCCAAAGAAGGAAGGCAUAGUCGCUGCAAAAGUGCAGACGGAUAAGAGGAAGACAGAUGCAAGGAAGAAGAGCUUGAAGAGAUUAUAAAUGUGCAGGAAAAAGGAAAAGAAGAGCUCGAGGAAUCAAUUAUCGAUUGGUCUGUCGAAACAGAAAAAGAUUAAAUAUCAGUUGAACUGAGGUAGAGAGAGAAAAGAUAGAAUAUGCUGCAUAUUUAAUGUAAUUCUUCAUGCAGCAACAUACUCCACUGAAAUUUAACGGAGGGUGUACCCGUUCUUCGUCUUGAAAUCUUAUUUUUCUUAUCAAAGUUGUGUUUCUCUUUCA